UGACCUUGACAAGUGUUUGCGCACAACAUAACCACUCAGUUCUCCCUCUACACCGAGACUUCUAACAAGUGCCGUUUAAGCUUCGAGUUAGCAUACUGUUCAAUGUUCAGGUGACUUCCUACUAUUUUCCUCGAGGCCCAUCGUCACCUUGUAUGUCCACAAACUGCGGGGAAAUGUACUGCUUCGCCCAAAUUUUUUAGAAACACCCAUCCAGCAGCAUCUUGUGUGAAGUGCGUGCAUUAUACGUACGUGUGUGAACAUUGCACGUUCAUGUACUAUCAUCACAACUGUGCCUGCUGCCUUCUCCUAGAAGGAUAGAAGAACCUUUCUUCAUUCUUCCGCUUCUUGUGCAUAGGAAAAGCCAGCCAGUGGGCCAGCAACUGUUAACUCUCAUGUGUGCCAUGAAUAUUAAAAGAUUCAAGCUCGUGACACCUGAUUGCAAAAUGGAAUCCAACGACUCAAGUAGGGUGCUGUCUUUAAAUGAAGUGGUCAAGCCUUCUGAAAAAAAUGAACGACCUACAACCUACCGGUUCCUUACCAUAAAUGUUGUGGCUAUACUUCUGGUGAUUCUGGCUGCCUUUGUAAGUAUCGCAGUCACUGCAUCGGAGAGCCUACAUGACGACCUUGAGCAGGAAAGGGGCGGUCCACUGGUGCACACAGCCAAAGGAACUCUGAGAGGGAUACAAGAACGCUCUCUCGGAGGUCACUCCUUCUUCUCCUUCUACGCCAUUCCGUAUGCGAAGCCGCCGCUCGGGAAGCUGCGGUUUCAGGACCCCGUGGAAGAGGAGGCGUGGACGGGAGUGAGGAAUGCUUUUAGUUACCCCGAGCCAUGUAUUCAAAUAUCCUUCUCGAAACACAAAGUUGGUGACGUAUCAGAAGAAAACAUGAUUGGCUCAGAGGAUUGCCUCUACCUCAAUGUGUUCACUCCAAAGCUGGACGCAGAAGAGAAGCUGCCAGUGAUGGUGUACCUGCACGGGGGCGGGUACAUAUCUGGCACGGCAUAUCAAUACCAGCCUUACGUUCUGCUCAACCACCAAGUGGUGCUGGUAGUACCGCAGUUUAGGCUCGGGAUGUUAGCCUUCCUGUCCACGGAAGAUGACGUCAUGUCUGGGAAUUACAUGCUGAAGGACCAGCUGGCGGCCCUGCAAUGGGUGCACCGUAACAUACACCUCUUCGGCGGCGACCCGCACCGAUUGACCUUGUUCGGGGAGAGUGCCGGAGGAUGCAGCACAGGCCUUCUGUCCAUCUCUCCGAAGGCUCAGGGGUUGUUCUCGCGAGUCAUCCAGCAAUCCGGCAAUGCAAUGGUUCCCUUCGCUUUCGGUAGGCGACACCGGAAAGUAGCGAAAGACACGGCACGUAUACUAGGAUAUCAUGGAAAACCAGACUCCAAAGACAUCCUCUCCUUCCUGCAGACAGUUCCUGCCCAGUCAUUACCAGCCAUUGCCUCGAAGUAUUAUGAAUGGUUUAUUUAUCCAUUCGUGACGGGUCCCCGUGUUGAUGGAGAUGUGAUCCCCGCUCACCCAUACGAGAUGGCACAAGCAAUGGCGUGCCCUCCCUGGGAACUUAUGAUAGGCCACACAGCUGAUGACGGAGCUCUCCUUACAAUCAACGUAUAUCUUCUGGAGAAACUAAGGAGGCGCCUGGAGGAUGACUUCACUGAAGUUGGUCCUCUAAGCCUCGUGUUGGCAGAUAAUGACCCUAAUAAGGAGAUAAAGGCCGAAGCUUUAUACCACUACUACCUGGGAGAAAGUAUCAAUCUUGAACUUAAAGAUAAUUUUACUCAGCUUCAUACGGACUAUAACUUUGCGGUCCCAAAUGACUUAGUGGCCUUGGCGCACUCCACCUGUGCUAAACCACAUCGACACACCUUCUUCUAUGAAUUGACCCACCGUGGCCAGCGUUCUGUAAAUGACCCUUUAAAUAUAACAGUUGGAAAGCACUGGGUGACUCACGCAGAUGAUAUCCUCUAUUUGUUCCUUGGGGAGACUUUCAGGCCAGGAUUACUGCCUCUUGAACGUCCCGAGGAUCUUGCUUUACGGGAUAUUAUGAGCAAACUUUGGGUCAACUUUGCUUACACUGGGAACCCAACACCUGACGGUUCUCUGGGUUUCACGUGGGAAGCGGUAGAGAACGACAACCUGCACUACCUAAGCUUGACUCCGUCCCCUACCAUGAAGCCUGACCCUCGCCGCAAGAUACGUGAGUUCUACAGGAAGGUCCUUCCAGAGCAGAAUGAAUUUUUAGAAAAACUGGCAGAUUUAAAGCACCCAUAGACAGUUAGUAAUGGAGUAAUUGACCAAGGAAAUGAUAAAUGGCGCGAUACGAAUUGGUAAUGUAGCUAGUAUGUCAAUUGAUAAGUGAGAUGUCCUGUAGAAACUCAGGAUUGAGCAUUGGUGGUGAUGGUGACCAGGAUGUGAGUGUUGGUUGAGAAGUAUUUGAUUGACUGAUUCAUUGAUUGAUUGAUCUAGCCCGCCAUAACAUCGGGAGCAUAUACUUCCUUAUCCAGGGCGAAAUAAGAUGCAUCGCUUGAGGAGGUAAGGCAAAUUAUUUGUAACUACAAUUCAAAGACAGUACUUAAAGAACAGGUGAUAUGCUACUGUAUCAGUGUAUGAACUGUUUUUUUAAUAGCCAUAGUGAUGUGCAUUUACUUGAUUAUACGUUUGAUUCUGCUAUCUACGAAAAAUUUCUGAAAAAAAAAGCUUGAUGUCUUGGUAAUAGUAGUAGUAGUAGUAGUAGUGGUAGUAAUAGUAAUAGUAAUAGUAAUAGCAGUAGCAGUAAUAGUCGUAGUAGUAGAAGUAAUGUCAGAAAAAAUAAGUUAGUAGUGUUUUUGUUGGUGGUGGUAAUUGUAACAAUAUGUAGCAUUGGUAAUAUCAGGCAUUGUUCAGCAUCAUCACAAUUAUGAAUUAUGCAAGAUUAAACUUAUACGAUGAUUAUUAUUUGUAACAAUAAAUAUACUCACACUCAUACAAACAGGCGCUCGUUUGUCCACGCACGCACGCACGUACACACACACACACACACACACACACACACACACACACACACACACACACACACACACACACACACACACACACACACACAGACGUGCAGAGUUCAUACCCUUUUUUAUCAUUGGCAUUUGAUUUCAAUAAAAACUACUAUGAUAGCUUCAAA